AUGCCCUGUGCAUCCGCUGUUAUGAUCUUCGCCGCCUUUUGGUUCAUCGCCGCGUCCUUCUCGGCACUUGUCGCUGUCCUCCCCUCUCUCCUCGUACCGACCGCUGUCCCUGCCUUCGGGUAUACCACUGCACCCUCCCUAGCCCUCGCGCGAGGCCUAUCCUUCCACUUAGGAAGCCGAACCAUGUCCCUCGACCCCUCAGCUUCCGCCUCGCCCAUGGUUCUUUACAAUAUUUCAAAUACGUUAUUUGCGGAAUGGUUUACGGCAAUGUCAUGCAACCCCGAUAUACAAGGAUAUAUAACACUUCCACCAUUUAUUCAAAUAACAACAAUUGUUAAGGAGCUUUGUACUCACGUUUUUCCACGUCAAAUAAUCCAGCAAGCUCAUGUCGAUCAUAGAGUGUUCACAGGCCGUUCAAUUCUGGCCAUGCGUAAUGAUACGGUAUCAGAGUUUAAUGAUAUUGUGCUGAACGAGAUAAUUGGAGAAACUCAAAGCUUUUAUUCAUCUGAUACUGCGGAUUUUGAGGACUCUCCGGAUCGAUCAAAUGAGCUCCCGGCUGAAUAUCUUCAAAGUUUGAAUCCAGCCGGUAUUCCACCUUCGGAAUUGAAAUUAAAAAUUGGUGCACCGAUUAUUCUUCUAAGUAAUCCCUAUCCAAAACAAGGUCUAUACAAUGGCACUCGCAUGACGGUUACAAAAAUGGCCAGGCAUUGCAUCGAAGUGCGAAUCUUGGGUGGUGACUUUGACGGUCAAAUCAAAAUCAUCCCACGAAUCAAACUAUCAACAACAGAAGAAGAACUAUCCUUCAUUCUUACACGCAAACAACUACCAAUUCGAUUGUGUUUUGCAAUGACCGUAAAUAAAGCACAGGGGCAAUCACUUAAUGUGGUCGGUAUUGAUUUGCGACAACAUCAUUUACUCAUGGUCAGCUAUAUGUUGCACUAUCCAGGACUACCGGUGUCAACAAUUUAA